AUGGCGGACUUCUUAUGGACAAAACCGUUGCCUCCCCGACGAAGAAGAUCAGAGCUCACGCUGAGCAAUCCACCUCCGGAUGAAGAAGAAUCUGUUGCGCACCUCGGCGUUCCCUCUGUUCGAUCGCGCCAGUGGAAGCCCAUUCCCCGCAUUGCGAGUCUCGAUGUUCUAAGUGCUGCUAGAUUGGGCACAAGCAACAGCCCAAGCAUUAAAUCAGACGGCUCGCAGUCAUCCUGUCAUCGGCUGUCGCCAUCCCCGGCAGAGCCAACUGAGCCAGCCGAUACAGCCUGGUACCAAGAGCGAGACGAGACGGAACGUGCUCUCUCACUGGAGCAGAUGAUUAAUGCGUUACACUACACGAUGAUGACCAAGAAUGUCCUCGAUCCGGUUCCCAGAGAGUACAACUCCUACAUCUUGCACUUAUUAGAGGGUUACUGGGAUCUCCAGGAGCGGCUGAGGAAGACAGAGCAGGAGCUCGCAGAGGAGAAGGAGACAAAGUUGAAGAGUCUUGAAGAGUUCACCAAGAUGUCUGAGGAAUGGGAGUCAAAAGAGGCCGACUUCCGCGCUGAGAUCAAACGUAUGGAACUAGUUCUUGUCGAUGUAACUCCUGCAGGUGUUGGUGCAGUGGUUCUGGCGAGGUCUGGCAGUCUCGUCGACAGAAGCGCAAAAUCCUCGAGACUUUUCAAGGCCAGGGUCGAGAAGGCUAAAGAAAGUCCCCAGAAAGGUGAUGACAGCACCAGCAAAGUUGACAGCCUAGAUAACCCACGGAUCUCUAUGGGCUCUGGGAGUCCCCUCCUGAACCAUCGAACCUUCUAUGACAAUGCCGAUGUUGAACUGAGCAAGGGUCUGAGAAAGGCCGAACGACGACAACAGCGGGCCUCGAGACGAAUGAAGAAGGAGGCCCUCUUUCCGUCGUUCAACAUAGCAUGGGAUAGCUCAUCGGAAGAAGAAGCAAACAAAUCAACAUCGAUUCAGAAGACAACCAGGUUACCUGGCUUGGAGUCUAUGAAGCCUCAACCAUUACGACGAGCGGCACCAUCCGCGCAGAUCGCCACUCCAGAAUCGUCCGCAAAGGAAACCGCCGUUCCUGGAACCUGUGAGCAUGCCGAUACACAUUACCGGCCUGACGACGCACCACAUACCGGCGUAGAAUUGGCCGAAAACGGAUCGGCCGCAACGGGCAUGCCGAAGCAGGAGCGGCCGCCAGGUACCGACCCGGAUGUCAUGACGGCUACGACUGGCCGAAGAACCUCAGGGACCCGCCGCCAUAUGAGAGACUUCUCCUUCGACGCCGGAGAAGAUAGCGUUCAGCUGCAGGCCCUGUCUGGAAAAGCUGGUAUUCCUUACGGAAACGAUGUUUCCGUGGGCCGGCCAGCGGCUUUCCCUCCUCAGCGCCCCCGUUCGUCAGAUGAAGUAGCUCCAAUGGCAUCAUUUACUGCAGGACCUUCCAACCAGCAGGACCAAACACUUCACAGUCAUGCACAGGAGUCGCUGGACAAAGACGAAGGCAAUACCCUCGAAACACGCUCUGGGGUUGAGCAAAUCGGCGCAGAAGGUGGCAGACAGGCCACGAGACCUAGUCUCCUGGAUAGACGGCGAAGCUCCCGCUCACACAAAUCGUCGUGCGAGUCCUUAGGCAACGGCUAG